UCACGUGUCCCCGAUGACCCGGAAGUCGAGGUUCUCCCGCCAGGCGCGCCCUCCGGCAUGAGUUAGAGUUGGGCUUCGACUCCUCCGAGCGGGCGGGCGGGCGGUACGAGGGAGGAGACGAGGCGCCACCAUGAACUACAUGCCCGGCACGGCGAGCCUCAUCGAGGACAUCGACAAGAAACACCUCGUGCUGCUGCGGGACGGGCGCACGCUCAUCGGCUUCCUUAGGAGCAUUGACCAGUUCGCGAACUUGGUGCUGCACCAGACCAUUGAGCGGAUCCAUGUAGGGAAGAGGUAUGGGGACAUCCCGCGUGGGAUCUUUGUGGUGCGCGGUGAGAACGUUGUCCUGCUCGGCGAGAUUGACGCGGACAAGGAGCAGGAGACGAGCCUUGAGAGGGUGUCCAUCGAAGCAAUCCUCGAGGCCCAGCGCGAGGAGCAGCAGGAUAAAGCCGAGGCUGAGAAGGCCAAAAUAAAGGCCCUCAAGGAGCGGGGCCUUCCCCUUCCACGUACAGACACUGCCGAGGAGUACUAGCUGUGGCCAGGGAGAAAUUCGGCCCUGCAACAAACGCCCAGGUUGACUGCAUCCUCUCGCGCGCAAUGAAGCGCCGGCCCUCCCGAGGGUGGACGAUGCGUGAUGCGACGCCGACCAGGAAGCUCCGACCGUCCUCGCCCAUCCUGCAUGUUUUUGCCACCGACACAAAGAAACGCGACUCCGCUGCCAGCCACACACGGCGGAUGGUUCAAUACACUGUUGGAAUGCAUUCUGUGCCUGGGUUCAACUGUCGCGUUAAAAUGAGCGCAUGUGCGGUUUUCGUAGAAUGUCGGCGGUAGAUGAACAUUUAUAACAGAUACUGUUGAGACACUAGACCAGGGGUGGAAUGUAUAUGCUGGGCAGGGUUGCCGUGCACACGUCUGGUGUUUUAAGCUGAUUUUUCUUUGUCAUGGAAGUGUUCAAUUUGCAUGCAGCAUUUGGGGCUUCCAACGUACAAAAAUAACCAAUUAUCUUUUUGUGAAGGUGCUCUAAAGAGAUGUUAAAUAUGAUUGAUUGUCACAAUCACCCCUUUACAUCUUUCACCGAAGCCUAAAACACAAGCAUUUAUGUUCAUAACGGUGUCUGUUUUACUUUUUAUUUCUAUAAAUUGUUUUACAAGCA